AUGCUGGGAACACUGGGGAUCAUGGGGGGGAAUAAUGAUAGAGAGGACCGUGCGCUAGAACGGUUCCACAAGUUUGUCCCUCCUAAAUUUGUAGGUGGACCAAACCCUGACAUACCCGAGUGUUGGUUAGACCGUAUGCUAGAUAUCUUUGCCGCACUUGGAUAUACAGAGGAGCGGCAAAUUUCUUUUGCAGUUUUUCAAUUUGAGGGAGCUGCCCGGACUUGGUGGAAUGUAAUCAAGGCCAAGUGGGAGCGGGAGCGGACUCCCUGGACUUGGGUCAAUUUCACCCGGGAAUUUAAUGAAAAAUAUUUGCCACCGAUAGUACAAGAAAGGCGGGAAGAUGAAUUUAUCCGCCUGCGCCAAGGGAUGUCAAGUGUGGCUGAGUAUGAGACUCAGUUUACCAAACUGUCCCGUUUUGCUCCGGAUUUGGUACUUACGGAGCAAAAACGAAUUCGCCGCUUUAUUCAGGGAUUGAAUGUGGAACUUCAGGAGGCGUUAGCGGCCGCUGAAGUGGAUACCUUUAGCCAGGCGCUAGAGAAGGCGCAGAGGAUAGAGACAACCAGGGGUCAGGUCAAAGCUUUCCAUGAUCGAAAACGAAAACAACCCAACUCGAGUACCUACACCCCUGGACAGAGCUCGAAAAACGAGCCACCCACCAAGUUGGGUAGAGGAGCAGGAGGUCCGCGGCAAGCAGGGACCCCUGGCCGAGGAAAUUUUGGGCGAGGUACGGCAGGGCGAAGGCCCCAGAGAGGUGGUCAACGCGAAGGACCCAGUGUAGGACCCAGGCUGACCUGUGGCUUUUGUGGAGGCAAUCACACCUCCGAUAAUUGUUGGAAGCAGAGUUCGGUGCGAAAGUGCUUCAAGUGUGGCAGCACGGAGCACUUGAUUGCUCAAUGCCCCAACCUACAGCAAGAACGAGCCAGUACCCCGCAGUCAACAGGAACUGCGUCCAAACCAGUUAAUGCAGGGGGAAAUCGACCUAAAGUGCCGGCCAGGGUGUAUGCUAUGGGUCAACAAGAGGUGACUGACCCUUCGGCAGUCAUCGAAGGUACGCUUUUUCUUUUUCGACGUACUGUGAAUGUUUUAAUUGACCCUGGUGCCACGCACUCCUUUGUUAACCCUGCAUUCAUGGCUCAUAUCGAUGUUAAAGCUGAAAAGUUACCAUAUGACCUAGAAAUCAAGACCCCUAUCACUAAUAAAAGUUUACUUGCCAAUAUGGUCUAUAAGGGAUGCGAGGUAUGGAUUGGGGAACGAAAAUUAUUGGUGGAUUUGAUAAAAUUGUCUUUUCAGGGGUAUGAUGUCAUACUAGAUAUGGACCGGUUAGCCAAAUACCAUGCGCAGUUAGAUUGCCGCACUAAGAAAGUCGAUUUUCAUAUACCAGGUGAACCCACACUUCAACUUGAUGUUCGAGGAAAGUUAACCUCAACCACUCUCAUUUCUGGGAUUAAGGCUAGGAAGUUGCUAAGUAAAGGGGCCCGAGGGUAUUUGGCAGUAUUGAUUAACACUCCGCAAGAGCAGUUAAAAGUUGAAAAUGUUCCAGUAGUGUGCGAAUUUCCUGACCUCUUCCCUGAGGAAUUAACGUCACUACCUCCGGAAAGGGACAUAGAAUUUAAAAUUGAUUUGCAUCCCGGAGCAGAACCAAUUUCGAAAACCCCUUACCGAAUGGCUCCUGCAGAACUUAAGGAGUUAAAGACUCAAUUGCAGGAACUGUUAGACCGAAAAUUUAUACAGGAGAGCGAAUCACCUUGGGGAGCCCCGGUAUUAUUUAUCAAGAAAAAAGAUGGAGGAUUACGGAUGUGCAUAGAUUAUCGGGGGCUGAAUAAAUUGACUAUUAAGAAUAAAUAUCCCUUGCCUCUUAUUGAUGAAUUGUUUGAUCAACUGCGAGAUGCAGUUGUUUAUUCGAAAUUAGAUCUCCGGCAGGGAUAUUAUCAAUUGAGGAUACGCAAGGAGGACAUACCUAAGAUCGUCUUUAAUGCGCGGUAUGGGCAUUUUGAGUUUGCAGUGAUGCCCUUUGGGUUGACUAACGCUCCAGCCGCAUUUAUGGACUUGAUGCAUCGAGUCUUCAAACCAUAUCUAGACCAAUUUAUGGUAGUUUUCAUCGACGACAUUUUUGUCUACUCUAAGACUCGAGAGGAUCAUGAGCAACAUCUGAGGUUAGUACUGCAGAUCCUUAAGGACCAUCAGCUGUAUGCUAAAUUCAGGAAAGCUGGGGAAUGGAAUCCUCAACUGAAGCCACAAGGAGUGCUUUUUAGCAAUAUAACAGUUACUUCUACUCUACUCCCUCGGAUAAAAGAAGCACAAAAGGGGGACACUCAGGUGCAGGAGUGGAAAAAGAAAAUCGAACAAGGAAUGAUACCUGAUUUCAACGUGAACUCGGAUGGGAUUUUGCGGUACUGUAACCGGUUUGUUAUACCGCAAGACCAGGAACUGAAACGAAAAAUAUUGGAAGAAGCACAUAGGUCAAGGUACACAGUAGAUCCUGGUACGACCAAGAUGUACCAGGAUUUGAAGAAAUUGUACUGGUGGGCGGGCAUGAAAAGAGAAAUAGCCCAAUUUGUUCAAACGUGCCUAACCUGUCAGCAGAUAAAGGCGGAGCAUCAAAAGCCUUCUGGUUUGCUCCAACCAUUAGAAGUACCAGAGUAG